AUGGGUCUUCCUUUGUUGUCUUGUAGUACGACAAGAGUCGCUUUCUCUUCUUCACCAACAUCAUCUUCAUCUUCGUCUUGGUGUAGCGGAAGCGGUGGGUUUAGGAGUAGUAAUUAUAGUUCUAGGCUUUUCGAUUCUCCGGCGAGCUCGAGAUCCGAGUCGCAGAAACGCAGCGAUAAGAGAAAUUCGCGGCUAAGCGGUCUUUCACUAGAGAAAUCGAGGUCUAUCAAAGCGUCGUCAUCCGCAGGACAGAGCAGCGGCGAAGUGAUCGACGACGGAGAUACAACGGCGCGAGGUUUAGCGGUGUCUUCGGGAGAUGUAACUUCGGUGGGAAGCUUCAGUAGCGGCGAGUUUGUCGGUGGAAGCGGCGGUUUAGCUGGACCUUCAGGGGAGGUAACAUCCGUCGGCGAGUUCGUCGGUGGCAGCGGCGGAGAUUUUAGUUCUUGGGAUAAGAUCGGUGCUGUUGUUAGGCUGAGUUAUGGAAUCGGAAUAUACUGUGGAAUGGCUGUAGCGGGAAGGUUUAUAUGUGAAGUUGCAGGAAUCGAUUACACAGGAGGCUUUAAUGCUUCUUUAGAUGCGAUUAUUGCUGGACUUGGUUAUGCUUCUCCACCAAUCAUGGCUCUUCUCUUCAUUCUUGAUGAUGAAGUUGUGAAACUGUCACCACACGCUCGUGCCAUUAGAGAUGUUGAAGAUGAGGAGCUUCGAGGCUUCUUCUUUGGAAUGUCAGCUUGGCAGUUUAUCUUAGUUGUUGCUGCGAGUUCAGUUGGAGAAGAGCUCUUCUAUCGCGCUGCGUUUCAGGGUGCACUAGCAGAUAUAUUCCUCAGAGGCACAAAUCUCAUCUCUGAUUCUCGAGGAAUGGUUGCUUUGACAGGGAUCUUGCCUCCAUUUGUACCGUUUGCUCAGGCAUUUGCAGCUACUAUUACAGCCGCUCUCACCGGUUCUCUCUAUUACAUUGCUGCUUCUCCUAAAGAUCCGACUUAUAUAAUGGCACCAGUCUUGAAAACUCACUCUGCACGUGAGGAGCUGAAGAAGUUGUUUGCAGCGUGGUACGAGCGAAGACAAAUGAAGAAAAUCUACUCUCCUCUUCUCGAAGGGCUUUUGGGUCUAUACCUCGGCUUUGAAUGGAUUCAGACAAACAAUCUUCUAGCUCCUAUCAUCACACAUGGCAUAUACUCAGCCGUUGUAUUGGGAAAUGGUCUCUGGAAGCUUCACCAUCACCAGCAAAGACUUCGCUUACGUGUCCGGAAGCUAGAAACUGAAGGUGACGACAGCUCAAGAUAA